AUGGCCGUGUUGCCCCUCUCCAGCAUCGGCACAGUGGCCCAGCUGCGCGGACUCCAUCAGAGUGUGGUCACUGAGGGCCCGAGCAGUUUCCCCGUGCCCACCUGCUCUGCCCUUAGCACACAGUCGGCCGUGUCCAAGGCUGGAGCCGGAGCUGUGGUUCCCAAGCCUUCCCAUCUUCCCAGAAGCCGGGCAGAGUAUGUAGUCACCAAGCUGGAUGACCUCAUCAACUGGGCACGCCGGAGCUCCAUGUGGCCUAUGACCUUUGGCCUGGCGUGCUGUGCGGUGGAGAUGAUGCACAUGGCUGCACCACGCUAUGACAUGGACCGCUUUGGCGUGGUGUUCCGUGCCAGCCCACGCCAGGCUGAUGUGAUGAUUGUAGCUGGCACGCUUACCAACAAGAUGGCCCCCGCGCUCCGCAAGGUGUACGACCAGAUGCCCGAACCCCGAUACGUGGUGUCCAUGGGGAGCUGUGCCAACGGCGGCGGCUACUACCACUACUCCUACUCAGUCGUCCGUGGCUGCGACCGAAUUGUGCCGGUGGACAUCUAUGUGCCAGGCUGCCCGCCCACGGCCGAGGCUCUCCUCUACGGCAUCCUGCAGCUGCAGCGCAAGAUCAAGCGGGAGCAGAAGCUGAAGAUCUGGUACCGCAGGUAGAGCUGCCCACCUGCCGGCUGAGCGCCACAGCCCUGAAUCCUGUGUGAAUAAACCCACCCUGACCCAG